CAAGGCUCCAGCAGCUGUCCCACUGGGUCUCUGCUCCCUUUCUGGUGAAUAUUCACAAGUCAGACUCGUUUCCAAUGGAGACAGUAAACACUCCAGGGAAACGAGCAGCUUUCAGGAGAUUUUGCUUUUGCUACAUAACCAAAACAAAAGUCAUCCUGAUAUACUCAGCAUCAAUCUCCACAGCACCCUUUGUUACUAAACUACAUUUUAUUGUUCUGAGGAUUUUGAAUAGAGGGUGGUCUCAGCUGCAGGCAGCAGUAAUCGCCUCGUAAGCUGAGAGUUUGCCGGUUACAGCUGGAGAUCCGGUGGCUUUCAGUAAUAGUUGUUUCUUACAAAACUGUUGGUACCAUGAAAACUCCUUUAGUGUUCAAGCCACUAAGCAACAUAAAGCAGCAGGAAACAAGAAUUAAGUAAGAGGGAAGUAAAACAGCACUGAACACUGCCUAUCAGUGCUGCUGUGCACAUUUUUGUUUUCUGAAAGCUCUCCAAAUCAGCAGCUGAAAUAAAAUGUUAGGAGAGAAGGAGCUUUGAAAGUGCAAAAAAUAGCAGGUUUAACUUUUAUAACAGUCAGAAUAUACCUUACAAUACUAGGGAUACAGCGAGCCUCAAAAUGGACAAGUUGGGAAAAGGUUCUGAAUUCAGGAGAAAUACCUUGGUUAGGUCUCGGCAACCAGGAACCACCUCUCUGGGGCAACCAGCCUCAGCUCCAUCUGCGUCUCUUGGCAGCACCCAGCCCAGAAGACCUGUCGUUGCACAACCGGCUGCUCGGGCCUGGGCAGACAAGCAGGCAGCACUGCAGCAGGACCAGGUUCAACAGGAUAAGAUCUGGAGAGAGUCUGUGGAGGCUGAACAGAGAGGAAGAAAAAUCUGGUACCAGAACUGGAGUUUUCUAAAGGACUAUGACCAAAUGGGUAAGAAAAAAGAGCACAAGCCACUGCCAAACUACAUGCCUGUGUUCUCAAGCGAAGUCCCCAACUCGACCAACCAGGCUAUUGGCAGUCGAAUCGAUACUGAGCUUGGCAGGGCUCUGGUAAAUACGGAUUACCUCUUCAGCACUGGUGCACGGAAAAGGAAACUUGAGGGCGAGCUCCAGGUUUUCUAGUGCUUCAAUAUAAACACAGCAGUAACAAAGCAGUAACAAGUUGAAUGGUUGUAGCCAACAGACUCUACAGUAUGUAAAAAAUUCCUCAAUCUUUCUCUCAGAGACACCAAUACUACUGUCUAGCACGAAUUCUCUUUCAAGAGCAAAGAAGGAUGUUGUCCAACAAUGCUGCAGGAGACAAUCCUCUUCGUAUUUGGGGUGACUGUGCCAUGUACAGAGUCAGCACUACAGAUCUCAUCCACCUUCCCAUGUAAAUCUACAUGGGAAUGUAUGGUUGCCUCUAACAUCAGAAAAAAAAAAAAAAAAGAAAAAAAAAAUAUUACGGCCAAAAGGCAAUUUCUUCCUGAAUUUUUAUCUCCUGAAAAUAAACAAUUCAUGGAGACCUGCUCAAAUGAGUCCCAACACAACAUAUUUUCAGUUCUGAAUGUCAGCACAAUAAAACACAGCAGCUUUCUGCAUUUCAUGUAGUUAGCCAAGGAUUCAUAGGCCUCUGUCCUAUGCACGUUUAAGCUUGCUUUAAAAAAUAAAAUCUAAGGCACAAGAGAUGUAUUCCGUGCUUUUCCACCCCUCCCUGAUGAGGAAGGGAGACCAAUUUUUUUCUAAACUAGUUUUCAUUUUUCUUUCUUUAGAUUUGCUGCUCUCAGAUUGUCUUAUUCAUUUUUUUUUUCUGUUUUGGCUGAUGGAAACUCACUGACAAGGAAACAGCUUUUCACAUUUUGCUCUGAAGGCGUGUUGGCUCAAAAACCCGUUUUACAAUCUUAGGAUCAUCAACCUUGAACUUAACGGGUUUGUAGUUCCUAAAAUCCAUGGUUGCCCAGGGAAACUGAGAUCAAGCUAAACAGACAAAAUACCUAAAGAACGUUCACUACUGCAUCUUCAUUACAUAGAUGCAAACUUUGUUUAUGACCAGUUAUUCUGUAAGGAGAAAGCAGUAAUCAGCAGAGCAUGGAGAAUGUAUAUACAACAUCUGUUUUUUGAACUGUGUGUAGCUUCUGCAGGGCCAUGCUCAGUCCUAGGUGGAGAUCAACAUAGGAGCCAUCACCAUUGCCUUGAUACAACGGGUAGCAAUCUGUGCAGACAUGAAUUGUGGUGGACAACUGUGUUAAGACACACCAAAUGGGAACCUACUCUUUAAAAAAGAGAUGAUCUUAUUCAGCUAAAAUGCUUUCUGUUCUCUCCUGUGAGCAGAAAACUGCACCAGAAACUGGUUUGUCUUCAAACAUCUGAAAGAGGGAGAGGAGAGAGCAGAUAAAUCCUUUCCUUGACCCUGUGUUGUCCAGAUCUUCUUCCAAAAACUGCACAGGCCACUGAGAGGCUACACAUUUAUUGGCAACUGCGUAAUAUCGGAAAGUCACCACACUUGCAUGCCUUACUCUGAGACAUCCCGAGCAGCCUCAACUCUUGCUAUGGGUCACAAACUUACACUGAGUGGCAGAUGUCCAGUAUCUGUCAGGCUCAAGCUCCUAUUCACGUAAGAACAUUUCAUUUAUAAAGCAUGGGGAUUUUGUUUUUCAGCGUGACAGCAUACAGAGCUCAGUGCUUCCUAACCUCCAGAUGGCACCAGUUCCACACCAAGUAACCCACUGAAAGGGACACUGAGCCACAGCAAGGCAGUGUUAGACAAUUCCUUUUCAAUUUCAAAGGACAUUAAAUAAUUUCAGAGUCUCGACUCUUGUUUGCUUUAUGUGAAUGCUGAGCAUCCCUCUCUCAGAGAAUUCCUGCAAACUGGAGGGUACGGGAAGCAGGGUGGUUGAAGCAUUCACACAGAAUCACAGAAUGUUAGGGAUUGGAAGGGACCUCAAAAGAUCAUCCAGUCCAAUCCCCCUGCCGGAGCAGGAACACCCAGAUGAGGUUACAUAGGAAGGUGUCCAGGCGGGUUUUGAAUGUCUCCGGAGCAGGAGACUCCACAACCCCCCGGGCAGCCUGUUCCAGUGCAUUAUUUAAUCCUUCCACUUCACAGCACUGGCAUUGCUUCAGCUGAAGCAUUUCUCCCAGAUUUGGACACCACCUUCCCUGUCUGACUAGAGAAACAACGAUGGCAACUAGGGUACGGGAAGAUAUGGCUUAUGAGGAAAGAUUUAAAAGACUAUUAAAUUUUAACCUGAAGAAGAACAAGAACAAGUAGUCUGGGAAGAAGAUGACAGUCUUUAGAUACACGUAUAGCUCUGGAAUGAGACAGGGAAGCAUCCAUAUUUUACUUGCGUGACAGAAAACAGCAAAAAUAACAGGCUUAAAUUAUAGCAAGGAAGAAUCAUGUUAACUUUUUGGGAAGCUAGUGGUAAGGCUAGCAGAGCAAUAGACUCUCUGAGGAAUCUCCACCUUAAAAGAUUAAAAACACACAUUCAUCAAGGAUUACAUAAUAGGGUUUGUCUUUCAGUGUAUAAAUUGAAUGACCACCUGAAGAGCUUUUCAACAAUUCUUUGAUCUACACCAGAGUUGUUGGGAUCAGAACACAAUCCUCAAACACACUUUUCAAACACAUUCAAAAGAAUAAUUAAAAAAAUCCAAAUUUCAAACACACCAGGUUUAAAUAGAUUGCACCUCUAAAAUACAGAUCAAUCACCUUUUUUGAUAGAAAAUAUAUUUCUAAUUUUUCUAACUACUCAUAUAGAAAAUGCUUUUCACAAAGUCUAGAUGUGUCUCUUCUAAUCACACACAUCUGAGAGGCUUGACCUCCUGACAGCCACGUAAGAACACAUCUCAAAGAGCAUGUUCAUGUCAUGUCACAUGUACAAAUGACAAUAACUAACUUUCUUUCAGCAAUUUCAGGAAGGCUUUACUAAGGAAUUGUAGUCCUGAUCAUGUCCUUAAUCACAUAGAGCAGCCGUUGAGAUGCCAGGUGGUUCCUGCCGUGGGUACCUGCAGUGAUUACGUGUACACAGCACAGUUACACCUCUGCACCCCUUCUCAGCUCUACUUCUUUGCACAGGUCACUUCAGACCACAACAAGAAAGCCGGCAGGUAUACCUGAAGUGGAGCCAAAAUAUGCAACAAGUUUUGGUUUAAUCAUCUAAGUGUGCACCCUUGGGAAAUGUAGCUCUGUGCCUUGUUGCAAGAUCACAGCAACCCACAACUGUACUGCUUCUUUUGAUGUGGAAUUAAGUUAAUACCUUGACAUUCGGAUUAAGCUAAUUGAAAUGACUCUAAAAUACUGCUGGGUAACAACUGGAUAGGAGCAGCUCUGUUCAUCCCCAGAACUCCAGUUAAUUCUUAUUUCACAUCGAAAUCAUCACCAGCUCUUGAGCACUUGACAUCUUAAUGACUAUCUCUAAGGGGAAAGUGACUCUUUAGAGAACAAAAGUUUCCCAUGUGGAACAGACCUGAUAAUCCAUGUGAUACGGGAACACUGUUGAACUGGACACCUUAUUUUGCUCAAUUAUUACACUCACUUUCCUUGGAACUGCAAAUUAUUUUAUGCUGCUGCAGUUAGCCCUCCUCUGGCACCCAGCGUUAUGUUUCCAAAGUUAGUUUGGAUCUCUCUACCACACACAGCAACCUCCAGAAAAGACCUUUUGGGAAUAUCCAAGAUUGUAAUCAAAACUGCCUUAGCACCUGUGAGUAGAAAGCAGUGAACAGAUAUUGCCUAGAUGCCAUUUUCAUUCCAAAUUCAAGAAUAAUUUUUCUUUUACCACAAUUAACUUUACCAACUAAUCCUUAUUUACAUAAGCAGAGUAUCUUAUAAAGACUGCAUGAGAUGAUAACAGCAUUGAAAUCUUGUAAACAGUCAGUGGAAAUUCCAUUUAUUAAAGAGAUCGUGUAGAUAUUAAACUGUGUUGUAAGCUUCUUGUAAAGACUUCUUAUGAUGUAUCACUUGUCCUUCAGUUUUAUAAGCUUUUUUUUCCUUUUGCUGCCAGAUCUCAAGCAAGAGAUUAUACAUGUUUAGACAAUCCAUUUUCUGUAUUUCUUUCAGUUAAAGAGCACAAGUGAGUAGCUACAUUAAUUUAAUUCUUCAGAAAGAUAUACUGCUUUCUCUGGUAGACUUUUGAGGAUUGUUAAUAUUAACUGUAACUUGGUGUAUGGAUGUGUCCAGGGCCUUGUAAUUUUGUGUGUUCUCAUUUUGAGUUCCACUUAAAAAAGUGUGAAAUACAUUUUGUAACAAAACAUAUAUAAGGCCAUAUAAAUAUGUAUUUCUCAUACUUUUAGAAUAGUCUUUGUAUAUAGUUCCCAGCCAGCAUCUUAACUAUAAAGUUUUGUUUUACAAGAUCAGCAACAACUGUAAAUCCAACUGUGUUUCUUAGAAAGUGUAUUUUAAACUGUUUGGGUUUUUGACCUUUAAAUUCCUCUGAAGUAAACAAAAUAACUAAAUGGG